UUGACAUUUUCAAAGAGUCGUACCGAUACGAUCGGCAGAUCGUUAUAUUCCGGGAUUAUUCAAUAUGAAUGAGUGUCGAAAUUCACGUGGGAUAUUCUGCUAGCCCAUUAAAUAAAAAAAUGCGAAAAAUAUCAAACACAGGGAAGGAUCAGGAAGUCGUGCCGUCCUGCCUAGAUCGCCUGCAGAAAGAGGCACUCAAGUGUUUGGAGGAAUUCCCAAGAAAAGUCGGCGAUCUCAACGGCAUCAUCAAGAUUUACACACCCAAAACCGGAAGUGUCGACGCAGAGACGAUCGACAGACUCCUGGGAUCUAGAUCGAUAUCGUCUGGCAUCGGGGAAUAUAAUGUCACGUCAGCUCCAGAUUUUCAAGGGCGCAUUGAGAAAUCGAAAUUUGAUUUGACAUCUCUGACGAGCUACUGCACUUUAUCAACGUUUGAACGUGGGAGAAAUCGGCAUGGCAUAUGCAAACGGCGAUAUUACAAAAUUCACCGAUCACGGGGCCUUGUAAAUCGACGCCAACCUGGUGCACUUGGACAACUCCUGGCUUUCUUCACCAGCAAAUUGGCGAUCUGCACGAAAAAUAUGGUGAUAGCUCCGUCUUUGUAUCUUGUGCAGAGGAUUAUUUCAAUCCUCUUUCAGAGACGAGAACUGAGGAGUGUCCAGUGCGGUCCGAGUGCCAAUUCAAGUAAUUCCCUCUCAGCAUCUGUGACAUCCCUGAAAGAAGACAAUACGGCAGUUGGAAAUUUCAUAAGCGUCAUGAGACCAGUAGCUGUCCAACUGAUAUCCGACACCACAAUACUGAAACGGUGGCUGCAAGCCCUGACCACCAGUGGCUGUCACUCGUCCAUCGAAUUGACCAAUGCAACCAGAAAUACAGAGACCAUCGACUGCUGGGCUUAUGAACUCUUCUUCCACCUCAAGUACCUCCAGGUCAAUCGCGCUCGUGAUGCCGACAAAGCAACUGAUGGAUCCGGAAUCAACGACGACCUGACACACCUCAAUCUGUGGCACAGAAUGGUUCAACUCCGUGAUAAUUACAUAAUUCUGUAUGAAAUUCUUCAUGGGAAUCCUCAAAUGAAUUGCGUACUCCAUCCUGAGUUCAAUCUCGAGUGAAACUUCGUCUACUUGAUAACAAAUGAUCAUAAUUAAUGAUCGCAAUUAAUGAUCGAGAGAAUUUCGAGAGUGAUGAUGAUAAUUACAGCAAUUGUACCGA